AUGACUGCCGACAUUUUCCCGGACUCGAUCCGUGCCAGCGCUUCGUCGCUUUGCAUUGGUAUCAACUGGCUGUGCAACCUCAUCGUGGGUGUGUCGUACCCGUACGUGUCGGAUGCCCUGGACGACUACGCGUAUGUUCCGUUCGUGGUGCUUCUUGCGAUCUUCUACCUGUUGGCGUUGAAGCUGGUUCCGGAGACGUCGGGCAAGUCGGCUGAGGAGAUUCAGGCCGAGUACGACUCACGUCGCGAACAGUAA